AUGGCAGACACGUUGAGGAGGCUGGUCAACACAUCAUCAUACAGCGUUCUGCAGCAAAAACUGGAGGCCUGGUACAAAGACUAUCAUGUCAUCUCAUGUGACCAGAACCUGAACCGCUGCUGCGAGCUGGUGGAGCUCACCUCUAAAAUCCAAGGGCAGCUGUUCACUAUUCUCAACCUCACCGCACAAGAAGGUGGUCACUAUGCUGGAGUGGACACCCUUAAAUCUCGCCUGUUGCCAUGGCUGGGUACCUGCUUCACCAUGGCAACCUCCUCUGUCUCCCCAGACACUAGUCUCAACCUCAUUCAGGACAACGUGGAGAAGGAGCGGAAGAUCCGAGAGCUGUCAUUGUCUCAUGAGAGCGACAUGCAGAAGAUAGAGGACCAGCUGUGCUCCACGCGUAUACAGCUGGAUUCUGUCAAACAGGAGCUAGCUGAUGCUAAGAGUGAACUGGACUCUACCAAAAACAAAUCAGCAACUACCCUUCUUGCCACCGAAGAUGAGAUACUGCACCUCAAAGCAGAGUUGCGGGCGGCCUAUGAGCAGAUGGAUGUGUAUAAAAGGAAGCUGGAUGUGCUGGAGGACUACGAGAGGCAGGUCAGGUUACUGAGAGAUGAGGUCACCUUUCUCACUGCGGAGAAAACCAUGCUACAGGAAAGGCUGGUGAGAAGUCGUUCCCCCAGUCCUCUCCCGCCACGGAGGAGUCGCACCAGCAGCCCUGUGAGGAGCGAGUCUCCCACUCGAGCCCAACUAACCAACUCGUCCCGCCACGCUCGCCUCGUGUCUCGCUUUUCUGACCUAUAUGCCACUGAGAGGCUAGAGGCCCAGAGCCUGCUGCGCCGCUACAUUGAUAACUUGGAGACAGUGCAGAGGAUCAUCUUCAUCGCCGCUGUGGAAUCGCUCCAGGCUGCCAAACUGGCCUAUCGGCAAUUUAAGCUGCGUGUGAGGAAGACUCUCUCCCCUACACAUGUGGGUCCUGAGAGCCUUGAGGACGCAGUAGUGGAUUACAUUGUUCGAAACCUUGACCUCUAUGACGUCCAGACAAGUGUCAAUGACGUCAUCAACUCAAUGAAUGUGAACCCGCGUAUCUCCUUCCCUCCGGAAGUGGACUUUGUGCUCAUCAGCAGCUUCAUCAGAGAGAUGUGUAGAAUCGCUUUUGCUAUGCAGACUCUGGAUCCCCCUCUAGACCUCGCCUUCAGCUCAGAUGGGGAGCUCUACAGUGACGUUAAGUACAGGCGGAGUUAUGACUCGGAGUUCACUGCUCCGCUGGUGGUGUAUCAUGUGUGGCCUGCACUGAUGGAGGGAGACAGUGUGAUAGUGAAGGGAGAGGCUGUCACCAGGAGAGGGGCACUGUGGAGAAGCAGAAGCCGCAGCUCCAGUCCAGUCCGCUCUCGCUCAGGAAGCCCCACCCGCACACUUAUGUCCAGUCGUAGUCGGAGUCCGUCCCCUGGACGUCUCUCAACCAGUCGACUAUAAAUUUGGCCUUUGAAAUUCAUCCUGUCAACUAUAGCUAUAAUUCUAAAAACUCUAGCUUUUCAACAAAAUCAUCAUUACCACUAAUAAUAAUCUUGUGUCUUCUUCAUUUGUUUUAGAGCGAAUAGCAAAUUUUACAAAUAACUUGUUAACUCUCCACUGCUUGAUGUUGCCUCAGGGCA